ACUUGAGCCACAGGAGGGACCCCGGAAAGUUGGCAGGACCGGGACACCUCCCAGAACCAGCGACAACUCGGCCUGGAUGGGGUAACUCCACCCGCUGCACACUGCCCUCGUCGGCUUCCGCCUGGCCAGAAUCAAGACCAGCCCCUGUGGAGAUCACCUACAAAAACAUGAGGUUCCUCAUCACCCACAAUCCCACCAAUGCCACCCUGAACAAGUUCAUUGAGGAGCUGAAGAAAUAUGGAGUCACCACUGUCGUGAGAGUUUGUGAGGCCACCUAUGAUGCUAGCCUGGUGGUGAAGGAGGGAAUCCAGGUCCUGGAUUGGCCUUUCGAUGAUGGAGCUCCUCCCUCUAACCAGAUAGUGGACGAUUGGCUGAACCUUCUGAAACUGAAGUUUAGGGAGGAGCCUGGCUGCUGCAUCGCUGUCCACUGUGUGGCAGGACUGGGGAGAGCUCCUGUUCUGGUCGCACUCGCUUUGAUAGAAUGUGGGAUGAAAUAUGAAGAUGCUGUCCAGUUCAUUCGACAGAAGCGUCGAGGAGCGUUCAACAGCAAGCAGCUCUUCUACCUGGAAAAAUACCGUCCAAAGAUGCGCCUGCGCUUCAAAGAUUCCAACGGCCAUCGCAAUAACUGCUGCAUCCAGUAGAGCCAAAUGCUGAGCCAUGCCAACACCACACACACACACACACACACACACACACACAUAUACACAUAUACAUACACUAAGGAAGAGCUCAAUCUAAAGUUGCUAGCUUAUGGCAGGCUUGUUUUCUUAGUCAUUGUGGUAAAAUAAUUUUAUUUGGAAAACCAUGCGCGGUAAAAAAAAAUUGACUGUCCCAAAAUCGAAGUGUCAAAAAAGAAAAAAGGAAAACAAGUUGUGUGAAUCAGGAUCGCAGUGUUUCCUCUUUAUGUGCCCAUUUAAAAAAAAAUAAAAAUAAAUAAAAUAAAAAAAAAGCAUUAGAAAGGGCAACGCUGAGUCGUGUGUCAUUGUAAGAUGUUUGAUUAAUUGUUUUCUCCGUAAACGUUUCCCCAAAGACCUUUAUUGGCCACAGUGCGUUUAUAUUGCCUGAGAAUGUGCUAGAAAAAGAUAUCUUUAAUUUCACGUGAGCAAUUAUUUUGUCCCCUCCCUCAUUCAGUUUUAGGGUUCCGUUUUCAAGACUGACUAGAAAGAGGUAUGCCUUCCUUAAAAUCAGAUGGUUCAUCCAUAAAUGCCUUACAAUCAAAGUGGAACAAAGGCAAUCGAGGCGGGAGUUGCCUCCUGCUGGCAUUUGGAAAAAGGUUUCAUUUUUCUACUCGGAACAAAAAAACGUUGCCUUUGUCUCGUGCAGGAAGUCUGACACACACUUAAGCCCUUUCAGCAACUAUUUUUUAAUAUAAAAUGCUUAAUUGUUGCAAUAUUUGUCAACUUAAAGUCUUGGAACUCGUACUUUUUCUUCUUUCCUCUAUCAAAUUUUCCAUUUACUUAAACUGCCAUGUCCAAAAUGUGAUUUUCACUUUUUUUUCUCUUUUUUUUUUCCCCCGCUUUAAACUGGACUUCCAACGUCUGCGAUAUUUUGUAUGCCUUUUAUUUGAUGUCCGUAACUUAAGACUUGGAUACUUGAUGAUUUUAUGUAUUUGAAAAAUGUGUACUAUUAUUAUUAGGUUGGCUAUUUAUACUAUCACUGGAUGUGUGAUUUAGUACCGUGAGCGACAAAGUUGUACCUGUUCACCAACUUGUGAGAGUACAUUAAAAGAUACACUGAAAAUCAA